UUGCUCAAAAGAGUUGAGCGAGCUCUGGAACCAAAACAUCAGGAUCAAGAUCAAGAGGUUGACAAGCAGACACAGGCACAGCCAAAGCAGCACACCUUAAGGCACGUUCAACUGGAUUAUAAUCAUAUUUAGGGCUUGUCUUUCAGCCAAAAUAAUGAACCCUGUUUACAACCCUGCACAACCAGGGGUCCCCUAUGCCAACCAAAAGGGUAUUGCCUACCCAGCUGGGUUUCCUGUUGGAUAUGCCCCAGCAUACACUCCCGGUUUGUAUCCAGGGGCCAACCCAGCCUUUCACCCAGGCUACGCUGCACCGUUUAAAAUGUCCCCCAGCACGGGCGCGGUUCCCCCUUACUCCACGGCACACAACCCCUACCAUGCAGCCGUCUACCCCAUGAGGAACACCUACCCCCAGCAGAACCCCUAUGCACAGGCACUGAUGCCAUCACAACAGCAAGGCGCUUAUUACACACAGCCGUUCUAUGCCCCGCAACCACAUGUCAUCCAUCACACGACAGUGGUACAACCCAAUGGCAUGCCGGCUACCAUGUAUGCCCCUCAAAUCCCCCAGCCCCGCCAUAAUGGUGGCGUUGCCAUGGGGAUGAUGGCCGGGACUACCAUGGCCAUGUCAGCCGGAACUUUGUUGACCACCCAUUCUCCAGCUGGGGUCCAGCCCCACCAGGUCACCUACCGCCCACCCGGCACUCCCACCUACAGUUACGUGCCACAACAGUGGUGAAUGAACAGUAGAGUCACAGAAUCGUAGAUAUGUAUUCACACACUCUUUUUUUUUUUGGGGGGUAAAGACCUGAAGUUCCAGUGUCCUAUACCAGUUGAUUUUCUACCAGCAUAAUGUGAGCCAGAAUCACAGUCAUGUGCCCUCUAACCGGGCUGAUGAAGAGGCCCACAGCCACGGCCGUAGCAGGCGGAGAGAUGGCUGCUAAUCUUAUGGCACUAUAUAACCUGCUGCAUAUCAUCCCAGAUCUCCAUGCUCACUGACCUACUGUUUUUAUUGGAGGUUUUCUAAGUGGAUCUUUUAAAUAAAAAAAGAGCGCUUGGAUUAAUAUUAUUUUGGUUUUCAGAUUCAUAUACCCUUUACCAUGUUGGAUGCAUGUGUGUGUGUGUAUAGGUAUAUGCAGUUAAUGCUUGUUCAACUUCCCUUCUGUGGCAGAUGCAAAAGCAACAAAAGGCCUAAAUCCAAAGGAACUAGUAAUACAAUAAGUCACAGAAAUGCCAAGGGUCAAAUGCGAACGUGAGACAAGGAAGAGUGAUUUGCUCAUUUAGUGCGAUAAUGUGUCUGGAGAAAAGAGUCCUCGCUGUCACUCUUAGUGAUGCCAGGUGUGUGGAUCCUCCCUGCAGGAUGCCAUAUUAUGCAUUUUGUCGCAUCUUAUAUAUUUAUUUUACUAUUUUAGGAAUGAUGGAAGUUGGAGUUUGUGCCUGCUCUUGUUAAUGCCCAUUCUGAAACAUUAUCUGACUUUUUUUUUUAUUUCGAUUUGUUUUGAUUAUUUAUAUUUGUAUUGUGGAUCUUCAAUGUUGCCUCAGUCACCUGAGUUCAGUUGUUAUGUAUGUUGUUAUUUUGGUUCUUGUUUUGUAUUGUAAAGACCAAAAAUAGAAUAAAAAUUACACUUACCAAUAAUUAUAUUAAACUGUUCAACCAUUUGUUAUUUGUUGAAGCGGUUAUUGGUAUACAUGGAUGAAUUAUAAUAAUGUCAGGUUUGCCAGGCUGGUCGUAUUGGGCAUCAGUUAGAUCGCCGCAGUGUGCACAGCACAGAACUAGGUGCAGGCACCGGUUGGGUGCAGCGUAGCCUACUUAGCCGAAACACUGACUCUGCCCCCCCAUCGCCCCUCUACACACAACUAAGAUACACCAGUGCCUGAAAAAACAACAACACGUGAAUGAAUGCGUCACAUCUGGGCAUCAUUCCCGGUGGGCCUGAACACUGAUUGUAUCGAGUCGAAAUCGCUGUGUACGACGACAUCAGUUGACAGCCCAUGCAAACACGCCAGACUACAGGGGGACCUAUAAACGGACUAUUACCCAUCACUCUCUGUGUAUUUCAAAAUCAACCAAUUUGAAGCAAGACUUGCGGAAAUUGUGAGAGAUUAUGCGCAUUUGUAUGACCGUUCACGCAGGGACUAUAAUGACAAGGAAAUAGUGGGAAACUCCUGGAGACAUUUCUGUGAAGAUGGACGGUAAGGAUCCCAACAAGGCUAAGUGGAGGAGGCUGCGCGACAAAUUCAUCAAAGCAACGAAGAGGACGAAAAGUGGUGGUCGCGAUGACAAAAAAAUCCCCAAGUUGUAGGCCUACAUUGUAUCGUCAUGAAUGGAUCGAUUUGUACAACCCCCGACAGAGUGCGACUGCGCCUGUUGCAUCCGAAGCUCGACAAAGAGUGCAGUGCAGCGGAAAAAACGAAGAAGGAAUGAGGACGACCCCAUCCCAAAGAUAGAUGUGGAACCCCUGAAUGACCGGACGACAUCCAUAUGGUCAUCCCCCAAUGUACAAGAGCGCUAUGUGCAGCACAUAACGGAUUUCAUGACGCGACAAGGACGCUGAUGCUGAUGCCGAUAUGUGCAGCGAGAAGUUGUGUUUCCUAAGUUUUGGUUUCCGAUCUUACAGUAACCAAAAAUGAAUCAAAUGUUAAGAACACUUUCUGGUCCCUUUUCUUUUUAUUACUGUUAUUUAUUUUUGGUUAUUGUAAGACCUGUUAGUUAAUUUGCUGCAUACCCAAGUUCAAGUCUUGUUUUAUGAUGGUGUUUUUUUCAAACAUAAAGUUAUUGUGGGACUAUAAUAUUGUAAGGUUCACCCCACGAUGGUGCAGCGUUGAAUAAACA